UUUACCCACUUCUUAAAACUGCAGCAAGUAAAGUGCCUGGUGAAGGGAUGUCAUGUUCCCGAGCAGCUGUUAUCAACAUUUCAUCUAGUUUAGGCUCAUUAGAGACCACAAGCACUGAAACUAAAAUUCCUGUUUUAUCCUACAAAGCCAGCAAGGCAGCACUGAACAUGUUGAUGAGAGGGGUAGCAACGAGCGUGGAGAAAGACCACAUUCUAGUAGUGAUGUUGUGUCCAGGUUGGGUCCAGACAAAUAUUGGUGGUCCACAUGCUUCACUCCAUGUCACUGAAAGUGUUGAAUCUUUAAUAAAACUUAUGGCAACCUUAAGCAAUAGUCAUCAUGGAAGAUUCUUUAACCAAACAGGUGUUGUUGUACCGUGGUAGACUACAUAAAAGGUUGUACUUAAAUUUCCUAUUGAAAACUGAGUUAGAGAAAAAUUAACGUAUAUAUUUUACAAAACAAUACUUGAUAAGUACUCACAAGCUUAGAAAUGUUAAAGAAGUGUAUGUAUAAUUUUUAAUCAUAUGACUAACUAAACAACUUGUUUCUUUAUAGUAAUAAACAUCCUUUAAAAAUAAAAAACCUUAAAUUAGUGUAAAUUAAUUCAAUCAAGAUCUUAGUAGACAUUAAUUUAUUUUUAAGAAUUUUGUAUAAUUAAUGGUAAGGUAAAAAUUAAAAUCAUUUUGUUCAU